AUUUAAAAAAAAAAUAUCGACUAACCACAAGCACAGGAUUAAAGGAAGUCAAUAAUGAUGAUUAUGAUCAUAAUUUUCUUCAUUAUUCGCUUAUCAAACAUUUCUGUUGCUUUUUCGCACUUUCUUGGCCCUGUAACCGUUCGUUGUUGAUCAACUUACCCUCGCAGAUUCGGCGGUGACCUCUGAAGAAAAGAACCCUCUUUUCUGUUUUCAGAUAUAGAAGGUUUGCAGAUUCCAUUAUUGUUUUGAGUUCAUCCUUCAAAAAUUUAGAAUACCCAGUCAUAAAUACGCGUACAAGAAUCAUACCCACCAACCACAAAAACCCAACUAUUUGAUUAUUUGAUUUCUGGUCUCUAGUCGGUGUUUCUCUCUUCUGGGUCCAAGAUAUGCCGAAAGGGACCAAACCCAUCAAGGAAUAGCCUUGAAAUUUUGGAUAGUUUGUUCUAUCUCGUCUUGGGAGUGUCGUAUUAAUGGAGAUGCAGAGCAUUGAAUGUGUGCCAUCCUUGGAUGGGAUGGAUGAGGAUGAGAUGCAUCGCCACCAUUCCCAGUUCCCUUCGAUAGCGGUUUCAAAGCCUCUCGGCAAUAUUAUGUCUCCGGGAAUUCAUCCCGGCACCACCAGUGUCCACGAGCUUCUCGAAUGCCCCGUUUGUACCAAUUCUAUGUACCCGCCGAUUCAUCAGUGCCAUAAUGGACAUACGCUCUGUUCCACCUGUAAAACAAGGGUGCAUAACAGAUGCCCCACUUGUAGGCAGGAGCUUGGAGAUAUACGAUGUCUAGCAUUGGAAAAAGUGGCGGAAUCACUUGAACUGCCUUGCAAGUACAUGUCGCUCGGAUGCCCUGAGAUUUGUCCCUACUACAGUAAACUCAAACAUGAGUCUUUGUGUAACUUCGGGACAUACAACUGUCCAUAUGCUGGAUCAGAGUGUUCUGUUGUUGGGGAUAUCACAUUUCUUGUUGCUCAUUUGAGGGACGAUCAUAAGGUGGACAUGCAUUCUGGAUGCACUUUUAACCAUCGUUAUGUCAAGGCCAAUCCGCGUCGAGUGGAAAAUGCUACAUGGAUGUUAACUGUAUUUCAUUGCUUUGGUCAAUACUUCUGUCUCCAUUUUGAGGCUUUCCAGCUCGGGAUGGCUCCUGUUUAUAUGGCAUUCCUCCGUUUCAUGGGUGAUGAGAUAGAAGCCCGGAACUACAGCUACAGUCUGGAGGUGGGAGGGAAUGGCCGGAAACUAAUUUGGGAAGGCACUCCAAGAAGCGUAAGAGAUAGCCACCGAAAGGUUAGAGACAGCCAUGACGGACUCAUCAUACAGCGUAACAUGGCCCUCUUCUUCUCAGGAGGGGAUAGGAAAGAGUUGAAACUAAGGGUUACAGGUCGGAUAUGGAAAGAACAGCAAAAUCCAGAGGGCGGGGCGUGCAUACCCAACCUUUGUAGUUUGUAGUUAGGGCCUCUCUCUCUCUCUCUCUCUCCCCCUCUCCCUCUCUUGUGUGUGUACUGACUUUCUUGUUGUAGUAAUUAUAGAUGGAGAUAAUUGAGAAUCCUUGUACUCUUGUUGAACUGGAGGCUUGACCUUUUAUUAGUUGUCAAUAAGCUUCCUUUCUAAUUUGCCAAAUUUGGGUUCUUGGCAUUGUAAUGAAGUUUCAUAUAUACAGCAUGUUAUAAAUGGUGGAUGAUGCAACUCAAAGGUUAAUUUUUUCCC